AUGUCGUACAAUGGGACUGCUCAAACAGAAUGUUUGAAAUCAAGCACUACGACUAAUCACAGCUGUAAUAUACAGAAUGUCUCUGUCACUUCCUCUGUCAUAUCCAUGACAGUAGGGAUUGUCUCCAACAGUCUGGCUCUCUUCAUCCUUCUCAAAGCCUACCAGCGACUUCGUAUUAAGUCCAAAGCUCCUUUCUUGUUCUUUGCAAGUGGACUGGUGGUAAAUGACUUCCUGGGACAUCUUAUAAAUGGCUCUCUGGCUCUUUAUGUGUAUGCCUUGAACAAAGAUUGGGAAAGCUUCGACCCCAAGCAGGUUCUUUGUGGGUUUUUUGGUGUUUGUAUGGCUUUUUUUGGUCUGAGUUCCCUGCUACUUGGAAGCAUUAUGGCUGUGGAGCGCUGCAUUGGAGUGACUCACCCACUUUUUCACACCACAGCUUUGACCACCUGUCACAUAAACUGGCUGUUGGCACUUAGUUGGAUCGUGGCCCUGUUCGUGGCCCUGCUGCCAUUGUUAGUGUUGCGCCCAUACCAGGUACAGGGCUCACGAAGCUGGUGCUUUUAUCGUUUGGUUGGGGUACGUGACUGGCUAGAUAAACUCCUCCCCAUGAUCUUCUCCGUGUUGGGAUUGCUGGCUCUGCUCGUCUCAUUCGUGUGUAACACUGUGACUGGAUUCACUCUUCUGUGGUCCAGAAUGCAUCAUGAGCAUGCCUACCGCAGCUCUCGCAGACGUUCUCUCUAUUCUGAGAUGAUAUGCCAGCUCCUUGCGAUCAUGAUGGUAUCAUGUGUGUGUUGGGGUCCUUUUCUGGUUACAGUCAUUAUCUCAAGCUCACAAGAGAAAAGUGAAGCUGCAUACAACCACUUGCUGCUGACUGUGCGACUGGCCACAUGGAACCAGAUUCUUGACCCGUGGGUGUACAUACUUCUGCGCAAGGCUGUUUUGAAGCGUCUUUGCCUGCUGAGAUUCCAUCAGCCAUGUGCAAAACAUGGACCAGAGUUUAGGUGGAGGUUUAGCUCUCUGGAGAGUUCUGUGAAGGCAAGCAGCUCUGCAUGCAGCAGACCAGACUUCAUUUGUUUGGACGGCCCAUACCUGCCAGAGACUCUCAACAGAACCAGCAGGAAUUACAUGUGA